AUGAUUGGACAAAGAAUUGGGAGAAUACUAGGAAUUUCGCGAAGAAAAGCUGCCGUUUGCCCCUCACAGAGUCAAUUUUUUGAUGAAAAGUUGAUCUUGGUCGAUGAAGAUGAUAGAAUUCAAGGAAGCCUUUCAAAAUUGCAGUCGCAUACGAUUGUCGACGGCAAAUCUCCACUACACCGCGCGUUUUCUCUCUUCCACUUCAAUUCUUCCAAGAAACUUUUGAUCCAGAAAAGAAGCCUCGUAAAAGUCACCUUUCCGGAUCUCUGGACCAACACCUGCUGCUCUCAUCCUCUUUAUACCCUUUCCGAAAUGGACGAUUUCGAAGGCGUUAAAACUGCGGCCAAGAGAAGAGCAGACUUCGAAUUGGGACUGAAACUCGACGCGGGAAAGAUUCAUCAUCUAACAAGGAUUCUUUACUCUUCGAAUUGCUCAGAAACACUCGCGGAAAACGAGCUCGAUCACUGUGUCUUGAGCUUUGGAGACUUUGACUUUUCUGCGAAUCCUGACGAAGUUUCUGAUACAAAAUGGCUAGCAUCAGAAGAUCUCAAGCCCUUCGUGAGCUCUGAAAACGUCACGCCCUGGUUUUCGAAAAUCGUCGAAAGUGGAUUGCUCGAAGAUUGGUGGAGACAACUCCCGAAUGAUUUACCCUCUGAUGAUCUCAUUCAUAAACUUUAA